UAGGGCUUCACUCCGGCUGGCGCCGCCGCCUAGCGCGCUCCUGCUUCGCCGCCACGGUCCGGGGGCUGCCGGUCCCGGGUACCAUGUGUGACGGCGCCCUGCUGCCUCCGCUCGUCCUACCCGUGCUGCUGCUGCUGGUUUGGGGACUGGACCCGGGCACAGCUGUCGGCGACGCGGCGGCCGACGUGGAGGUGGUGCUCCCGUGGCGGGUGCGCCCAGACGACGUGCACCUGCCGCCGCUGCCCUCAGCCCCCGGGCCCCGACGGCGGCGACGCCCCCGCACGCCCCCAGCUGCCCCGCGCGCCCGGCCGGGAGAGCGCGCCCUGCUGCUGCACCUGCCGGCCUUCGGCCGCGACCUGUACCUUCAGCUGCGCCGCGACCUGCGCUUCCUGUCCCGAGGCUUCGAGGUGGAGGAGGCGGGCGCCGCCGGGCGCCGCGGCCGCCCCGCCGAGCUGUGCUUCUACUCGGGGCGUGUGCUCGGCUACCCCGGCUCCCUCGUCUCGCUCAGCGCCUGCGGCGCCGCCGGCGGCCUGGUUGGCCUCAUUCAGCUUGGGCAGGAGCAGGUGCUAAUCCAGCCCCUCAACAACUCCCAGGGCCCAUUCAGUGGACGAGAGCAUCUGAUCAGGCGCAAAUGGUCUUUGACUCCCAACCCUUCUGCCGAGGCUCAGAGAUCUGGGCAGCUCUGCAAAGCUCUAACAGAAAAGAAGAAGCCGAGGCGGGGCAGGCCUUCGCGGGACUGGCGGGAGCGGAGGAACGCUAUCCGGCUCACCAGCGAGCACACGGUGGAGACCCUGGUGGUGGCCGACGCCGACAUGGUGCAGUACCACGGGGCUGAGGCCGCCCAGAGGUUCAUCCUGACCGUCAUGAACAUGGUAUACAAUAUGUUUCAGCACCAGAGCCUGGGGAUUAAAAUUAACAUUCAAGUGACCAAGCUUGUCCUGCUACGACAACGUCCCGCUAAGUUGUCCAUUGGGCACCAUGGUGAGCGGUCCCUGGAGAGCUUCUGUCACUGGCAGAACGAGGAGUAUGGAGGAGCGCGGUACCUCGGCAAUAACCAGGUUCCUGGUGGGAAGGACGACCCGCCCCUGGUGGAUGCUGCUGUGUUUGUGACCAGACUUCCCUCUUCCUAUAAAGAUGACAGUCAUAGGAUUUGGGCUCACCUUACUUACUCCAGUGUGACCACAUCUUACCUCGAUUCCACCUGCAGUGACCUUUUUUCCACGAAGGGUCACAUUCACAGGACAGAUUUCUGUGUACACAAAGAUGAACCGUGUGACACUGUUGGAAUUGCUUACUUAGGAGGUGUGUGCAGUGCUAAGAGGAAGUGUGUGCUUGCCGAAGACAAUGGUCUCAAUUUGGCCUUUACCAUCGCCCAUGAGCUGGGCCACAACUUGGGCAUGAACCACGAUGAUGACCACUCAUCCUGCGCUGGCAGGUCCCACAUCAUGUCGGGAGAGUGGGUGAAAGGCCGGAACCCAAGUGACCUCUCUUGGUCCUCCUGCAGCCGAGAUGACCUUGAAAACUUCCUCAAGUCAAAAGUUAGCACCUGCUUGCAAGUCACGGACCCCAGAAGCCAGCACACGGUACGCCUCCCGCACAAGCUGCCGGGCAUGCACUACAGUGCCAACGAGCAGUGCCAGAUCCUGUUCGGCACCAAUGCCACCUUCUGCAGAAACAUGGAGCAUCUGAUGUGCGCUGGACUGUGGUGCCUGGUAGAAGGAGACACAUCCUGCAAGACCAAGCUGGACCCUCCCCUGGAUGGCACCGAGUGUGGGGCAGACAAGUGGUGCCGCGCGGGGGAGUGCGUGAGCAAGACACCCAUUCCGGAGCAUGUGGACGGAGACUGGAGCCCGUGGGGCGCCUGGAGCAUGUGCAGCCGAACAUGUGGGACGGGAGCCCGUUUCCGGCAGAGGAAAUGUGACAACCCCCCCCCUGGCCCUGGAGGCACACACUGCCUGGGUGCCAGUGUGGAACACGCGGUCUGCGAGAACCUGCCCUGCCCCAAGGGUCUGCCCAGCUUCCGGGACCAGCAGUGCCAGGCGCACGACCGGCUGAGCACCAAGAAGAAAGGCCUGCUGACAGCUGUGGUGGUUGAUGAUAAGCCAUGUGAACUCUACUGCUCACCCCUCGGGAAGGAGUCCCCACUGCUGGUGGCCGACAGGGUCCUGGACGGCACACCCUGCGGGCCCUACGAGACUGAUCUCUGCGUGCACGGCAAAUGCCAGAAAAUCGGCUGUGAUGGCAUCAUUGGGUCUGCAGCUAAAGAAGACAGAUGCGGGGUCUGCAAUGGGGACGGCAAGACCUGCCACGUGGUGAAAGGUGACUUCAGCCACGCCCGGGGGACAGGUUAUAUCGAAGCUGCCAUCAUUCCCGCUGGAGCUCGGAGGAUCCGUGUGGUGGAGGAUAAACCUGCCCACAGCUUUCUGGCUCUCAAAGACUCCGGUAAGGGAUCCAUCAACAGUGACUGGAAGAUAGAGCUCCCCGGAGAGUUCCAGAUUGCAGGCACAACUGUUCGCUAUGUGAGAAGGGGGCUGUGGGAGAAGAUUUCUGCCAAGGGACCAACCAAACUACCGCUGCACUUGAUGGUGUUGUUAUUUCACGACCAAGAUUAUGGAAUUCAUUAUGAAUACACUGUUCCUGUAAACCACACUGCGGAAAAUCAAAGUGAACCAGAAAAACCGCAGGACUCUUUGUUCAUCUGGACCCAUAGCGGCUGGGAAGGGUGCAGUGUGCAGUGUGGAGGAGGGGAGCGCAGAACCAUCGUCUCGUGCACACGAAUUGUCAACAAGACCACAACUCUGGUGAACGACAGUGACUGCCCUCAAGCAAGCCGCCCAGAGCCCCAGGUCCGAAGGUGCAACUUGCAUCCCUGCCAGUCGCGGUGGGUAGCAGGUCCGUGGAGCCCCUGCUCGGCGACCUGUGAGAAAGGCUUCCAGCACCGGGAGGUGACCUGCGUGUACCAGCUGCAGAACGGCACACACGUCGCUACGCGGCCCCUCUACUGCCCGGGUCCCCGGCCAGCGGCAGUGCAGAGCUGUGAAGGCCAGGACUGCCUGUCCAUCUGGGAGGCAUCUGAGUGGUCACAGUGUUCUGCCAACUGUGGAAAAGGAGUGCGGAAACGGACUGUGGCGUGCACCAACUCACAAGGGAAAUGUGAUGCAUCCACCAGGCCGAGAGCCGAGGAGGCCUGCGAGGACUACUCAGGCUGCUAUGAGUGGAAAACUGGGGACUGGUCUACGUGCUCAUCGACCUGCGGGAAGGGCCUGCAGUCCCGGGUGGUGCAGUGCAUGCACAAGGUCACAGGGCGCCACGGCAGCGAGUGCCCCGCCCUCUCGAAGCCUGCCCCCUACAGACAGUGCUACCAGGAGGUCUGCAACGACAGGAUCAACGCCAACACCAUCACCUCCCCUCGCCUUGCUGCUCUGACCUACAAAUGCACGCGAGACCAGUGGACGGUGUAUUGCCGGGUCAUCCGAGAAAAGAACCUCUGCCAGGACAUGCGGUGGUACCAGCGCUGCUGCCAGACCUGCAGGGACUUCUAUGCAAACAAGAUGCGCCAGCCACCGCCAAGCUCAUGACGCGCAGCCCCGGGGGUCGCUCAAAGCUCAGACUCGAGGUCUGAAACCCGCCCACCCCCAAGCGUACCAGCCUUGUGACCAUGCCCCCACAAGGCUACCACAAGAAUACAACUGCAUAGAACAUGAGUGUGGACUUGACGUUUGCCAUUAAAGCUUCUGUACUUAAUAUAUUGUUAACAGCCACUGGAUGGCUUUCUACAGUGAGGAAAAAGUAGGCAUGAGUCACAAAAUAACUUUAAUUUCUAGGAUUCCAGGUACCUCGAAGGGAAGCACCUCUGGCAGACAACCGUCAAGAGAGAGACAUCUUUUAGUGUUCCUGUCUUGGCUCGCUUUCGACAUUUGAAUUCCCAGUGCUUGGUAUAUCAUGGAGGAAACAUCCCAAAAAUGAGACAUGUUAGAAGAGGCUUUAUUCUGAAAGCCGGCGACACCCUGGAGGGAGGGGCAGGUGUUGGUGAGCCUCUACCCAUGGCGGCUGCUGAGCCCACGUUUUCUCUUCAUCUACCUUCUUGACCACAUGAGAACCAGGACAUUGCCUCCAUGCCUGUCUCUGACAACAUAGUCUCUAAAUCCUAGGUGUUGCCUUGGAAGUCUCGUCCCUGAGAGUGUAAAUCUAUGUAUGCCAACGAGGACAACAGUGCCACGCAGUUCACACCACCCACAUGGGAAGAAUGUUCCGAGAGAGUCUGGGUUUGGGGAAGCAUCUAAUUUUCAGAGCUCUGCUGUCCACCAUGUAGGGAAACAGAAGGGCCUUUCUUCAAGGUGCUGUGAAGUGGGAAACGGUAAUUGCGGUGAUGGGGUUGCUGCCUAAGGCAAAGGUAAGCUUGGGCCAGCUUCGUUGGGGCAGAUGGGCACCUGGCCCACCUUCCGGGAGCAGCCACUCUGGCCCGCACUUCCUAAAGCUUUGCACCUUAGAGGUGCUGUACCACAUCCCAGUGGCUUUCUUCCAACCUUGGCCAUUUAUCUGAAGACGACAUUUGGGACCUCUGAGGACAAAAACCCAGGCCUAGGAUGUAUAGAGCAAGGCCUGACUGCUCUAUCCUGGCACGGAGCAGCCUGAUGUGGCAGGACCAGGGGAGGAACACCAUCUGGCCUGCACUGCUGCACACCCACUGAGCCUUCCUGUAGCCCAGACUUUGUGGUAGCCAUUAUCAUCACGCCUGUCAUCAUUGACCCAUCUUCUUGGUGAGUCAAGGAUGAUGCAUGAUGAAGGUCCUUCCCUCCUGCAGCCCCCUCACGCCUGGUAGCAGAUGAACAGAGUGGCCUCUUUGAGAACACAGAGGAUGGUAGAACUCUGCCUGCAAGGAGGCUGGGAAGGCUGGAAACAGGGACCCUAGAUGCCAGGAGGCCUGUUUUGGUCACCAACUUGGUGGGCAUUUCAUGGGUGCUUAUGUUCUAGGACUUUACCGUAAGAAACACACCUCCUCCCUGAUUUCAGACAGAAGGUCUCACUUGGACUAAUUUCCAUGGGAUCAUCUCCCAGUGCUUCUUGAUUUAUUGGUGCUGUGUUUCUGUGUUUUGUUUUGUUAGAUGUUACAACAGUAGAGUUAGCUUAAAUCAGAAAGAAACCUCUCUGCCCUCUC